GCGGCAAAAGAAUGACGUCGCAAACGAAAAUACGAGCUCCGUUCGGUUAUUUGUUGAACUAGUGUUGUUUGUGUGAGCGAAGGCGCUGUGAUGUUAUUGUGGCUUCGGUACCUCAAGCAGCUGGAGCUGGCGUGCGCCAGUGCCGCCGACAUGCCGCCAGGUGGCGCUGAACACGUCAAAACAAUCUGUGAAGACGAGGAAUGGGGAAACGAGAGCGAGGCGAUGCCUGGGGAACCUCGUACGCCGAGUUCGGGAGAGGAGAAGGCGGCCUCCAGUGGAGGAGCAUCGCCCGCCUCGGGGAGCUCGCCCGCAGCCUCCCCGCCGCGACUCCGACUCAACACCAGCCUCGCGACGGAUCCCGCGCUCGCGCCACAAGCCACGCCGCUCAAGCGGGAGCCUCCCUCCCCCUCACCUCCGCCAGCGCCAAAUUUACAAGCAAAAGACUACCUUGCAUUGACAGCAGCCGCUUUUCCCGCCAUUAUGCCUGCAACGACUCCCCCAGUAUAUAUGUGCAAACCUUGCGGUAUUCGCUAUUCUUCGCUAAGUACUCUCCAAGCUCAUCAGGAGCAUUAUUGUUCAAAUAGACGGGGUAAACUGGGCGAUGGUUCGGAGACUCCUGCAGAUGCCACGGUAGACGAAUCUAGUAGCGAAGCCAAAACACCACGGCCUCCUGGGAAACAAUACGCUUGUACCUACUGUUCAUACAGCGCUGAUAAAAAAGUAAGCUUAAAUCGACACAUGCGAAUGCAUUCAUCUUCACCUGUAAGUAGUGGCACCCCUGUACCCCCACCGGCUGCCAACGGCGAAACCACCGAAGGGCCCCCGGCACUAGACCGCUACUGUGCCGACUGUGAUAUUCGCUUCACUUCUAUCAAAACGUAUCGAGCGCAUAAAGCCAACUACUGCAGCACCAGACAAGUGGUCAAACAAGUUUUAGCUGCAGCGAGGGGAGGCUCGGCCACAUCGGGAUCGGCGCCACCGUCUCCAGGAGCAACGCCGCCUGCGCAAAACCAAUAUGCACUCGCGUUACCAACAAAUCCUAUUCUCAUAGUGCCGUACUCUCUUCUGAGAAGCGCAAGUACGCUACCGGGAGCAACCCUACCAGAUCCGGAUACACCAUGCUUUCUGUUACCAAACGGAACUUUUCAACCGCUAAGUCGAGCUUUACCAAAUAUGAACGCCGAUGGGAAGGACUCAGAGGUGUUAAAAUCCGCUAACCGACCGCGUGAAACUCCUCGAGACGGUGCCACGCCACUAGAUCUCAGCGUAAGACGUUCCCCUGAAUCUGUCGCUACGGAUGAACAAGAGAAAGAAAACAGGAUACGGUCUACUACGCCGGAACAAAUCGUAUGCGCUCCAUCUUUGCCGGGAUCUCCGGAAACACCGUCUCCAUCGAGGCGAUCUUCUUCUCCCGGCGGGGAAAGCUCCCCAAAAAGGCGGCGUCGCAAUUCUAGGGGCCCGACUCCGAAACCUCCGAGCGUAGCAUCUCCACCAGAAGAUAAGUUUAAUCCUCUAGUUCCACCGGCAAUUCUUCCACCAUCCCUAGCGCUACGUCUCGCUUCGGACCUUCCUGCAACGCCCGCAUCUCCUCAAGUUUUGAUCAAACAGGGCGUUUCUAAGUGUCAAGAAUGCAACAUAGUCUUUUGCAAAUAUGAAAAUUAUCGGAUCCACAAACGGUACUAUUGCUCCGCUGGUGGCGGCGAGGAGCGCGCGAGUCCGGCUCCACCGGAGCCUGGCCCGCCCCUACAGUAUCGUCAGCUGAUUUGCCUGGCUUGCGGCAUCCAUUUCAGUUCUUUGGAUAACUUGACGACUCAUCAGUCUUAUUAUUGCACAAAAAGAGAGACCCGAUCGCCUCGGAGCGCACCUGAAGUGACUAGGCCGAGUUCGGGUCCCGAAGGUGGAUGGAAGUGCCCCUGCUGCGAGGUGGUGUCGCCCACGGCGGUGGCAGCGCAACGGCACAUGGAGGCUCACGCUGGGGUUAAGGCGUUUCGCUGCACCAUCUGCCGGUACCGCGGUAACACGCUGCGGGGAAUGCGCACACACAUACGAAUGCAUUUCCGUGAGAAGCCAUCUGAUCUACAGGAAGAAAGCUUCAUAUCUUGCGUACUAGAAGAAGAGAGCCGUGAGACGACGUCGCCUAGUGGAGCGGCGGCGGGUGGCGCGACGGGCGGGCCGGGGGGCGCGGAGCGCGUGCAUCGCUGCAGCAGCUGCGCGUACACGUCCACGUACCGCGGUAACGUGGUGCGCCACGCGCGGCUGGUGCACGCCACAGAGGAGCCCGAGCCCGAGGAACAAGCUGCCCCGGUCCCCGUACUCGAAAUCAAAAAAGAACCCGAAACAGAAAUAGAAGAAACUCCCAAUCACUGCAAAUCGUGCAAUAUAUCAUUUAAAUAUGUGAACACAUUUAAUGCUCACAAGCAGUUUUACUGCCCAGCCGCGCAAGGCGCAGCGAAGUCGCGCAUUCAAGACUCCCACGCCAACAACAACAUGCCCGCACCACCCCCCGCGCGAGUCACUGACACGCCCGUACUAUAGACGUACAAAUGUUGCUAGUUUAGGAUAAUAGAAUAAAAAUCAAGUUGUUAAUAUAAGCCAGCUUUAUCACGUAUUCUUCCG